UUAAGACAAAACAUAACAACUCAACAGCUGAUGCGAAACAUGGCGGCGGUAAACACAGACCCCAAAGCCACCGGAGAGCAAAUCAAAGCCAUGCUACGCCGCUGCAGGGGUCGCCCGAGGCUGACAGACGCGGACCGGGCUCAGCGGCGGCUCGAGUCGCGGAAGAAGUACGACGUGCGGCGCGUUUAUCUGGGAGAAGCGCAUCAGGUCUGGAGCGAGCUGCGCCGGCGCACGAGCCUGAGCGACGCGGGGCUCGCCGAGUACCUGAUCCUGCUCAAUUCUGCAUAUGGAGAAAAAUACCAGCAGAAAUACGGCAGGAGGAAAACCCUUCCUGACCAGUGCAGCAGGAAAGGGAAGAGGCUGUCUGCCACCAGCUUGCAGGCCGUGGUGAGCUGGUAUCAGGGUCACUGUCAGUCGUGUCAGCAUGAGCCCGAGCUGAGGGCCGUGGAGCCCGCCGUGGGCCUGUCCACCUCGGCGCUGUGGCAGUGCGUGGCGGGUCACUCGUUCGUGCAGAACCUGCCCUGGCCUGCGGGGGGCGAGUCCGAGUCAGACGCGGAGGACGGCGGUACAGAGAAAGAGGAGGAAGACGGGCCUCCAGAGAGGAAAGCUGAUGUCGGUGAGGGCAUCGACACCAAAAGGAGGAAACCGCAGCUGCAGGACUCCAUCAACGACUUGGAAGACGACGACCAUCACGCGGAGCUUCGGAUGACGUGUACGUCCCUCGGUGAUCUCCCAGGUUCUCCGGCGGCCCACGGCAGUCCUCCGGCCUCCUCCCGCUGUCUGAGCAGCCAGGCCGAGUGGGAGAUGGAGGUGCUCAUGGACGGGAAAGCCUCGAGUCAGGAUCCACCGAGAGACAGCGACCCCGUCAAGGAGCGGACGGACGCUUCCGGAACGCUAAAGAAGGCGGACGGCGGAGGCGGCUUGGUGGAGAGUUACGAAUGCGUGGUUGUCACGGCGCCCUUGACGGACGGGCAGGAGAGGGAGGAUGGAGCCAGCCGCUCCAGAGAGGACCCGGGGGAAGGCGUCCGGUCGUCAGGGGCCGCCCCAGCGCCGAGCCAGCUGUUUGAGAGUCAGGACCUGCAGGCGGUCAUGGGUGGAUGCGAGCUGCCCGACCAGCGCUCCACACUGGAGGGGUCUCAGCUGAUCAUAAUCACAGGACCCAGUUACGAGGCUCUGACGUCUGAAGGCAUCCAGCUGAACGUGGGAGGCGGUGAUGUCGAGGAGGUCACAUGUACUCUGAUCGGAGACGUGUCGUAUAAUCAGAUGUGUCCGUCAGGAGCCAGCUCUCGUCCGGCGCGGUACAGUGACGUCAAUCUGGCCGAGAAGAGGUUGUCGGAUCCCGGGGAAGAAACGCACUGUUCGAAAGAGCUUCAGCGGUCUCUCAGUAGGUCCAAGCGGAGCCGCCGGGGGCCGGUGAUCGAGGCGGACGGCAUGCUGAAGAUGUUUCACUGUCCGUAUGAAGGCUGCAGUCAGGUGUAUGUGGCCAUUAGCAGUUUCCAGAAUCAUGUGAACCUGGUGCACAGGAAGGGCAGGACCAAAGUCUGUCCUCAUCCAGGCUGUGGGAAGAAGUUUUAUCUGUCCAACCAUCUUCAUCGACACAUGAUCAUACACUCAGGUGUGCGAGACUUCAUCUGUGAAACAUGCGGCAAGUCGUUCAAACGCAAGAAUCACUUGGAGGUGCACAGACGCACACACACGGGAGAAACACCGCUACAAUGUGAGAUAUGUGGGUAUCAGUGUCGACAGCGAGCGUCGCUUAACUGGCACAUGAGGAAACACACGUCCGAAGCGCACUUCAACUACACGUGCGAACACUGCGGCAAACGCUUCGAGAAACUCGACAGCGUCAAGUUCCACAAACUCAAGAGCCAUCCGGACAAACAGCCCGCCUGAAAGACGCUUCGGGGAUGAAUCCGGAGUAUGAGAACCGUUUCACGGCUGUGGAGCAAAGUGUUUUGGUGCACUUUUUAGGUGAACAUCAAGACCUGGCACUGGCCUGAAAUAUGCUCAAACGACUUUUUCCAAGUUUGUUUUCUCGUCUGUCUAAAGCGUGUUUUUAGUCCAUUCCUGUGCUGGACACGGAAAAACAAGACUCUACUUCUGCUGACACUGUAUGAACAAGCGCAUCCAUGUUUACACCCGUCUUUUUUCUUAAUCCGAGAUGGGAAUCGUGUGAUCCGAAUCAGGGUGAAAUGAUUAAAGUGUGUCUGCACAAACCUGUGCCGCUUUAUUAAAACUUUGAUUUAUUUCA